AUCAAAUUCACGCCAAGAAACAACUCCCAGCUUUUAGCCUUGCUGCCAGGCGAUGCAGAUACCUUCAGCGACAUCGUCUACCUCAUUAGUGAAUAUGAAGGCGUCAUGGACCGCAGCGAAAGCCUUGCGGCCAAUCUUGGGGCCAAGCUGACAGGUCCCCGAUUCCUACGCGGCCUCGAAAGGUUCUUCGAGGGCCCAAUCAGCAUCAAUUCGCCCAAUCCAGACGCCCAGCAAGUCACCUGGUUGGACGUGGUCAUGUUGGCGAAAGCGAGCCCGGAUGCAUUUGCUCUCGUCUCCUUGCCCAGCGGUGCACGUUGCUGCCAAUUCAUUUACCAGGGGUUGCAGGUCGAGAUCACCGAGGAUGACUGGCGCCUGAUCUCUUCCGGAGCACUGGACAGGUUCCCACUGGAGCACACGUUCGAAGAGGACGAGGCGGCCGAGCUGGCGACACUCGAGAUUCUCCAACAGCGGGCCUUGCUGCUGCAUAGGAGGGCAGACGAAGUUGCGGAGAGGGCUCAGAUCCUGCGUCAGAGACUCGAGCUUCGCAGACAUGUCAUUUCUCGGCGGCAACAACUCCAUAAUGGCACCUCCAGCUCCAGCUCCAGCUCCGGCUCCAGCUCCAGCUCCGGCUCCAGCUCCAGCUCUAGUCCUAGCUUCCAUGCCAUCAAUCACCUACCGCGUUCCGCCAUCAGCUCGCACUUCGACCUCCAUGCAGACCUUCUCCAGCAGUUUACCACGGCUGCAAUGCAAAACAGCCCACCGUCAGGGGCGCCUCCGGAAUACCAACCACGGCCCACGUCGGUGUCUAGCCAGGGUUCGCUGGCACCGCCGAGCUUGGAAGCACCGCCGUAUCAGCCGCCCUCGGCCGCGGAACCACCCUUGGCCCCGGCACCAGCCCCCAUGUCAACGUCGGCUGCGAUAUACAGGCCCCUUGUACUGCAGAAGACGGACACGCUCAACAAGGGCGACGUUAUAUUCCCACCCUGCGACCGAUGCCGGCGUCUCCGCCUGCAGUGCAUUAAGCAUCUGACGGCGUGUCGGGGCUGCACCAAGAAACACGCGAGAUGCAACUGGAGGAACAUCACUGACGACGAAGCCGCGGCUAUAAAGGAGGAUCUG